AUGCGUCUUGUCGACCAUAUCAUUAGUAGGAGGCCUCUGGACAGGUCUUUCCUCGCCAUCGCCGAUGUGGUCUUCCUUGUCUGUCUCCCAGAAAUUACACUAAACUGGAUUUUCGAAGCCGUGUUAGCAAAAAUAUACGCUAUCCAGCUGCUUAGUACGCUAAAUGCUCGAGAUUCACUGAAUAAAGUCUGGGAUGACCAGCUCAAUAAAUUCUGUCUCGAAGCAGGAAGCAAUUUUGUUGUAUCUAUGGAACCCAACAUUGCCACGCCGGAUUCAGGGAGUACAUUUGAAGCGGUGUUAUCAACACGGCAGCCUACAGGUUCACCCAAAAUUGGUGUCUAA